GCCGGUACCCCCGAGCACCGGUGCGCCGUGCCCCGCGGGGCCAACCUGAGCGGCGAGUGGCGGAACGCCAGCAUCCCGCUGGAGCUGCGCGGGGGGCGGGCGGUCCCCAGCCGCUGCCGCCGGUACCGCCUGGCCGCGCUCGCCAACUUCUCGGCGCUGGGGCUGCGGCCCGGCUCCGACGUGGAGCUGGGGUCUCUGGAGCAGGAGCCCUGCCUGGACGGCUGGAAGUACAGCCGCGAUGUCUACCGCUCCACCAUCGUCACCGAGUGGAAUCUUGUAUGUGAUGACGACUGGAAGGGACCCCUGAGCACCUCCCUGUUCUUUGUGGGUGUCCUGCUUGGAUCUUUCAUAUCGGGACAGCUCUCAGACAAAUUUGGCAGGAAGAAUGUGCUGUUUGCAACUAUGGCAAUGCAGACUGGCUUCAGCUUCAUACAGGUCUUCUCUACCAGCUGGGAGAUGUUUUCAGUGUUCUUUGUGCUGGUCGGCAUGGGACAGAUAUCUAACUACGUGGCAGCAUUUGUUCUUGGCACAGAAAUUCUUGGCAAAUCAAUUCGUGUGCUGUUCUGCACGCUAGGCGUUUGCAUAUUUUAUGCAUUUGGCUACAUGUUGCUGCCACUGUUUGCUUACUUCAUCAGAGACUGGCGGAUGCUGCUGCUGGCACUUACUUUACCUGGGCUGCUCUGCAUCCCGCUCUGGUGGGUCAUUCCGGAAUCUCCACGGUGGUUGAUCUCCCAGGGAAGAUUUCAAGAGGCAGAAGACAUCAUCCGAAAGGCUGCAAAAAUGAACGGCAUUACGGCCCCGGAUGUAAUACUUGACCCUAGUGAGAUGCAAGAUUUGAAUUCCCAGAAACAACAGACAUACACCAUUUUGGAUCUAAUGAAAACCCGAAAUAUCCUAACUAUCACAAUUAUGUCAGUGAUUCUUUGGAUGAUAAUCUCUGUGGGUUAUUUUGGACUUUCUCUUGACACACCUAACUUGCAUGGAGACGUGUAUUUGAACUGUUUCCUCUCGGCGGUGACUGAAGUUCCAGCCUACAUUAUUUCCUGGCUGCUGCUUCGAAAUCUCCCUCGACGGUAUUCAAUGGCUGCUGCGUUAUUCUUGGGAGGCUGUGUUCUUCUCUUCAUUCAGCUGGUGCCUUCACAUAUUCGUGCACUUUCUACUCUGCUGGUGAUGAUAGGGAAAUUUGGGAUCACGUCAGCCUUCUCAAUGGUUUAUGUUUACACGGCUGAGCUCUACCCAACAGUGGUGAGAAACAUGGGAGUUGGAGCAAGUUCCAUGGCCUCUAGACUGGGCAGCAUCCUCUCGCCUUACUUCGUUUACCUCGGUGCCUAUGAUCGAUUCCUGCCUUACAUCCUGAUGGGGAGCCUGACUGUGCUAUCAGGAAUUCUGACUUUAUUUCUGCCAGAAAGCUACGGUAUGCCUCUUCCGGACACGAUUGAGCAAAUGCUGAUGGUGAAAAUAUUAGAAUUCAGGCCUGCAUCUAGUAGCACAAGGGAUUCCAAGGAGGAAGAAGAAAAUCCAGAGAUUUUAAAAAGCACAGCUUUUUGAUGAAACUCCUGUGUACUUCCUGGUGGACUGAAAGUUAAAUGGACUUCUUGUCUAAUAUUCGUUCUAGAAAGGGCUAGUGGCAACACUUUGUUUUCUGUAAUUUUAACCUUAUUUAUUAAUUUAAACACUGUGCUCCAUACAUUCUCUUUUUAUAUGAACAUAAAUACUGUAUAGCCUUCAGUGAGAUUUUUCAGCCACAGUUGUUCUAACGCAGUAGAACCAUGGAACAGUAUCAGAUUGAUCUUUUGUAAGUUUUAAGUGUAUGGUUCAGCUGAAAGAUACUUGAAAAUGAGUUCAAGGGCUGGCAGGGUACCUGGAUUCUUCAGUGAACCUUCUCCAGAGCUAAUGCACAUCAAGAAGUAAAAAUUGCCGGGAAAAGCUGCUAUUUGGUUUUGAUUCCUUGACUUCUGUCACUGGACAGGAAACUUAUUUAUUGUAGUGAAGAUUAUGAGAACAAGCCUCUCCCUGAUCCCACUCAAACGAUUUUGCACGUGCUGAAUUUGUUACCACAUUCAGAAAGAUGCAGAGGUUUUGGACAAUUAAUUCUAACUCGCUAUGUUCUAACUCAACGUAGCUUGAAAGGGUUGUCUUGCACAAAGUAUUUGCAGCACUGAAGUUUUGCUCGCAAAAUUCACUUGAUUCCAACGCUGGUUUUCAACUGUGCCCGUAUGGUCAAGUUGUUUACAUCUGACCCUGAAUGUGGCCUGUUUCCAGGUCGUAUUUUCUUUUAAAUGAUACAGAAGGUUUCAUCUGUGUGUGGAGGGAGUGGUGUCAGUUCGGGGUUCUCCCUUCUGAUGCAUAGUGGAAGUUUUAGGAGUAAGUUGUUUGUCAUCUCUGCAAUUUGGAUGACAAACAAUUCUUCAUUCUGUGCUUUUCACACACGUGCACGUACACACGCACACAAUUAAUAUAUUUAGAGAUAAAUUUUUGUGUUGAUCUGUGCCACUGCAUUGACCUCAUGGUGGAAUGUACUGAGAACAAAAUUCAGGAUUUAUUUCUGACCACUGGUUCUUGAUUCUCAGGUGCCAACUGUAUGAUUGCUGUGAGGUCUGUUCUUUCACUUAACUGGUGUAAUCAGUGAAUUGUUUUCAAAUUGUUAGUUGGGGUUUUUUUUAAAUACAAACAAAUCUUGUUAACAGUCUGCCAAGAAAUUGUUCCUUGGGUCAUGGAAGCACACUUGGGAUUACCUGUGUUUCUUCAGAUACAUACAAUAUUUACCUACACCCAGUCUCGUUUGUGCUAUUCUGAUUAUAUUUUGACAGAUGUGAGCGGUGAAAGCUUUCUCUCUUGUGGCACUUGUUUGUGUUUCGUUCUGUCUUGUAGAGACUUAAUAAACAGCAUCUAAACCUUUGUAGCCAGAGCUGGUAGGGGCCUUUCUCUGCUGCAGCAGCUGGUCGUGGGAGUUUUGCAUUUUCCGACUGUAUUUGAAUACAUUGGUGGCAGUGGCUGAUUCCAGCCUUUCGUUAAUCAAUACCCCGUAUCCCGACCUUGGCAGCUGGCUCCUGCAGUUGGACUGAUGUCUGCCCUCCAGAGUGUUUGUCCUAGAAACCAGUGAGUAGAAAACACUGGGUAGACUAUGGUGAUUUGGGGUGUUUAAACCCUUCCUACCAGGGUUUUCAGCUUUAGGGUUUGCUCCGCUUUCCCUGCAUUUUCUCACCUAUAUCAUUUAGUAUUUUAAUUUCGGGAUGCAGCAGGAAGUUGGCCAGUGUCCCCAGGUCAGAGAAUAAUAGAGAGAAACACAGUUUUAGCAUUAGCAUCAGUUCUUUGGAGGAGAGAAAUCCAAAGGUUUGGGCAGGUUCGGUGUCGCCCCUGUUUCAUAGGUGGACAGGCCCUUGGCAGGUGUGUUUAAAAGGCACCCUGUGAUUUGAAGCUAGUGCAAAACUGGAGAAUUUGGAUUUUUGCAUGCCUGGCUGCGCACCAUAGCACAGCCUUGACAUGAGCAAAUACAUGUCAGGAGAGAGCAUGUAACAGCCGGUCUCCCCUGCCCAAAAGGCAUGAUACAAUUUGUUGGGCUUGCCACCUCUUUUUUUUUGAAAUAUUCGUUGCAAACAAAAGAGUAUGUUCUAAGACUCGAUAUGGAUAUUUUUCUCUGUAAACCUUAUUUCUAGGAACUGGAACGUUUAGAAGCAGCUUCUUUUCUCUGUGUUGUAGAAGAAUUAUCUAAUAACCGCAGGAAUCUGAGACAGAACACAUUUAGCUGCAACUUCCUUCUAAUGAAUUUGCCAAGGUAAACAACAGUGGCCCAUAAGUCUCUUCCUGUAAACAGUUUCAGAAAAUAUCCUGAAAUGUAAGAUACGUGCUUGCCUGAUACAUGAUCUAGCAUGGAAAUUCCUGUCCUAAACCCCGGAGUCCAGUUAAUGUCUGAUUUAGCUGUUAAUCCACUGUUUUAUCCAGGUAUGUGCCUUGACAGUGAGACUUUUGUUCUUGAAUGUUUAAAUAUUUUGAUGUUUACUAAAGAUUUUUCGGGGGGUUUUUUAUUGUUGUGGGUUUUGGUUUGUUUUUUUUUUAAAUUCAGACAAUUUGGGGGAUUUCCUGGUUAUGACUAAUACUACAAAACACAAUGGUAAUUUCUGUGUCAAAAAAAACCCCAAACUUGCUUAUCUUUUUAAAAACAAAAAGUAUGAGUCAGAAAUGUAGAGUAUGUUUAAUGUAGCAAACCGGGUGAAUUUUUAUUUACUUUUUUAUCCUACUCUUUUCAAGUUUAUCUCUAAAACAAGGAGCAUGUUCUAGUGGCUGGGCAGAAUGCAACUACUAGGUAUCCAGAGGAAAUGGAGGGAAUGUUUUAAUACUGGUAGGUGAUCUGAUCUGUGCCAAUGAGAUGCGGAUGAAAGGACCUGGUCCAGUCGUUGGCAAAUCUUAGAGUGGCAUCCGUGCUGGUGAUGGGUGAGGUUUGCAGCUCCACGUGUGGCUGCAGAUGCAGCUGCAGAAUAAAGCCCCAGGGUUUCGAGGGGCGUCUGCCGGGGGCCACACUGUCAUAAAUACACGUCUUGGCACGGCCCUUUGCGUUCCUCUGGUGUGAAGCGGGAUUGGGUCUGACUUUCUGCCCUAAAUGGACCACUGGAACUUUGCAUUUUUGAGACAUGUUUUGUUCACGUACCCCCCUGCAGGGCUGUGCUGUGAGUCAUGGUCCGUGUGGGACAUGCUUUUUUCAGCCUCGUGGUGGAGUCACACACAGAUGGUCCCUUCUGGGAAGAGUUGAUAGGUGUAGGACCAUGCCUAAACAUGAAUCUUGCCUAGUGUGGUGGCUGGUGGGGAAGGACCUGCUCUCUGGGAAAGCCUUUUGCUCCUGUUGUCCUCCAAGAAGUGGCGAGUGACACUUUGUAAGGGAGAAGGGACAGAAUUUGCCUUUGAAAGAGGAGUUGUGAUAAACCUGCGAGCUCCUUGUACUACAGAGGAAGAUUAUAGAGACUUUGACAUUCAGGCUAACCUUCACCUGGGAAACACUGAAUGGUUUUGGUGUCCAUGACCUGUAUUACAGCAGCAGUACGGGUUAUGCAAAAUUAUCUGGCUAGGCAAAAUUCUCUGUUGCUAGAGAACAAAGCAUACUAUGGUAUCUUCACCACAGAAAACAGCAUAUGGCCUCGAGUUGGGAACUGGGAUCCCUUCUUUUCCAGCUCUUAGACCGACUGCUUUCAUCAUCUUGGGCUUGUUGCGUAAUCCUGUGACUUUCGUUUCUUUGCUUGCAAGUGGAAAAAUACUCAAAAUCACUCACCCUAAUUUCUUGCGAUGCUCCACAGUCUGUAUUUGUUGGAUUCUCUGACUCCUGACAGUGAAUGUAAUGCUCGCGUGAGCACUGUGUAGUAUUUCAUCUUUCAGAAGCAGGCAGCUUUGGAUGGCUUCCGACACUGCUUCUGGUAGGAGGUGUGAACGCCUCCUCCCUGGUUCCCAAGGUACCGUGUGGAAGGUGGCAGCUCAGGGAGGUGGUGCAGUGCCCAGGGAAUUGGGACUGCAGUAAAUCAAGCAAAGGAUUGGGUUCUGAAUGCUUAAUCAUCUUCUUUUAACUGCACAACCCCUUCGUAGUUCCACACAAAACUGCUCUCAGCGUGCUGCCUGUGAGGUGUUCUGGAACAUUUUCACUGUGCGCCGAACUACACUGUAAAAAUACAUAUUUUGUUUGUUUGUUUGUUUCAGAGGACUUCCAUUUUGAGCUGUGAUCAUGCUACUACUGUAUGGCUGAUCCCAUGGGAUUUGGGAUUAACACGGGUUAUACCCAUCUCUGUUUUACAGCUGGUUCUAUUGUAAAUCCUCACCCAGAGGGGCUCUUCUUUUUUUAACACUCUCCAGGGGUCUGCGCACGUGAGCACAGUAAGCACGUGAGGAAACGGAUGGGACUGUCUCCGCGAACAAAUUUUUUUAUUCCAGUAUUUGUAGACUAGAACCUUCAUCGUAGCAGUUGCAGACGGUUUUCUUAAAGCAUCGAAUCGACUUGGGCACCAUAAGGCCUUACACUGCUUUUGGGGGUACUUCAGUAAUGCCCACAGCCUUGUAUAUAGAAAGAUCCAGAAAUGUCUUCUGAGAAUGUAAAUAUUCCUAGAUGUAACUAAAUUGAUUCUUACCCUAGGGGUUUUUUUAUAGAAAAAUGCUUGUUAUUUGUAAAAUUCAGAAUAAAAUCGUAUCUG